AUGCAAAGUUCCAAGAGCAACAAGUCCUUUGAUCAAACUUUAAAUUCAAACUCGGGGGCCAGUGCCAGUUCGACGCCCCUGGACGCCAGUACCUUCAUCAAUGCCUUUUCCAAGUUAGGUCUUGGAAAUAGCGAUGGUCAAAAGUCUGGUGAUCAAGGCUCGAACUCUCUUAGUCAUGCUGCAGUUUUCAGUGCCGUUCAAAAGUACUUUUCUCAAAACGGCGAUGCAUUGGCAAAUGGCCAAGGUCAUUCUGAUGAGCACCAAACCAAUUUCCUCUCCAUGGUAGAACAAGAGGCCCAAGGCUUGAUGAGCACCAAUUCUUCCGGACAAGGCCGUGGUAUCGGUGGCUCUGAAGGAGAUGUGAAGUCGUCUGUUCAAUUGGCAAAAAUUCUUUUCCAGAACCGUAAUUUGCUUUCGAAGUUGGCUGAGGCGGGUGGCUCUUCUCAAGCUAGUGGAAACAGCGCCAUACUAUCCAGUGUUGUUGGCUCUUUUCUUGGAGGUUCUACUUCCAACAACUCGAAUGCCGCCAACAACAUGAAUCCCCAAGCCCAGACUCAUGGCUUGCAAGAGAUGGCUGCGAGCUUUCUGGGUCCUGGAAACCAAACCUCUAAUCAGAAUUCUGGGAAUUCGCAAGGUGCUGGUUUAGCUGGUUUGGGAAGCUUAGCUGGUAACUUUUUGAAUUCCGGCAACAACUCUGGCAACCAGCAACAACAACAACAAGGUCAUGGCAAUGCUGACUCUGGAUUAGCUGGUAGCUUGUUGCAUGCUGUUACUGGAAACAAAAACCAAGAUGACGGAAAUCAAGGUCCAUCCAAGCAUUCACAAGGCGGAGAUGGUUUGAUGGGAAAGGCCAUUAACAUGUUUUUGCAAUAA